AUGGAUGAGACCCUAUUAUCAGGCCUGGGGACUCCCAGCUCAGAUGUGCUCCCCCUGGAGAAGCAGCUGCACCAGGCCGCCCGCCAGAACCACAUCGAGAGGAUGAAGGAGCUGAUGGAGAAGAGGGUUAAUGUCAGGGCCAGAAACCACGUGGGCCGGGUGGCCCUGCACUGGGCCGCAGGCACUGGGCAUUUGCAGGCGGUACGGCUGCUCCUGGAGUAUAAGGCUGCUGUGGACGAUGAGGAUUUGUUCGGGAUGAACGCUCUUCUCCUGUCCGCCUGGUUUGGCCACCUGCCGGUCCUGCAGGUCCUCGUCAACGCUGGGGCCAAGAUCCACUGUGAGAACAAGGAUGGCCUGACUUUACUGCACUGUGCAGCCCAGAGAGGUCACGUGCCUGUGCUGGUGUUCAUAAUGGAAGACCUGGAAGAUGUGGCCCUGGACCAGGCAGAUAAGCUGGGAAGGACGGCAUUUCACAGAGCUGCUGAGCACGGACAGCUGGACGCGCUGGACUUCCUUGUGGGCUCCGGCUGUGAUCACACUGUCAAGGAUAAGGAGGGGAACACAGCCCUUCACCUGGCCGCCGGGCAGGGCCAUGCAGCUGUGGUGCAGCGGCUUGUGGACAUCGGGCUGGACUUGGAGGAGCAGAAUGUGGAAGGCCUCACGGCCCUGCACUCGGCUGCUGAAGGAAUCCACUCCGACUGUGUGCAAGUCCUCCUCAGAGCCGGGAGCCGCGUGAACGCCCUCACCCAGAAAAAGCGGAGCUGCCUUCACUACGCGGCCCUCAGUGGUUCUGAGGACGUGUCCCGCGCCCUCGUUAGGGCAGGAGGCUGCGUUAAUGUGGCUGAUCAUCGGGGCGCCUCACCCCUGCACCUUGCCACCAGCCGCAAUUUCCCUGCUGUGGUGCAACUGCUCAUUGCCGCCCACAGUGAUCUGGAUGCCGUGGACAGCAGGCAGCAGACGCCCCUCCACCUGGCCGCGGAGCACGCCUUCCAGGAUGUAGCGGAGAUGCUCCUGGUCGCUGGGGUUGACCUCAAUCUGAAAGAUAAGCAAGGAAAAACCGCCCUGGCAGUGGCCGCCCGCAGCAACCACGUGGGCUUGGUGGACAUGAUCAUAAAAGCCGACCGUUUCUACAGAUGGGAGAAGGAUCACCUCUCCUGCAGGGACCCCAGCCAGCCCCCCAGGAAGAACGUGACCUUCAAGCAGGACCACCGGCCCGAAACGCAGCCGCUCCGCACUCUGCUUUGGAACCUCGCCUCCAAUUGCCUGCGGCCCCACGAGUGGAAGAGGCUGGCGGAUUCCUGGCGCUUCACCGAGGCCCACGUCUCCGCCAUUGAGCAACAGUGGACAGGACCCCGGAGCUACCAGGAGCACGGCCACCGCAUGCUGCUGAUCUGGCUGCACGGCGUGGCCAUGGCGGGAGAGGAUCCCAGCAAAGCCCUGUUUGAGGGCCUGGCGGCUAUUGGCAAGAGGGACCUGGCCGAGAGCAUCAGGAAGAAAAGAGAUGCCCAGCCCAGGAGCUGCACGGCCAUGUGAGCCCAUGAGACCCUAGCGAGGUGUCACCUGAUCAGAAGAUGACCACCAGUCAAGGGUGUCACCUGACCGGAAGAUGACCAU